CGAGCUCUACGGACACUCGACAACACUGCCAGCGCUGUCAAAGUUCCGGAAACACAUUGUCAUUGUUCUUUUUCGGAUCUGCUCCGCACCGGCAUCAACUAAAGUAAAAAUUAAGUGCAAGGCGAGAUGGGUAAAAAACAAAAAAUGAAGAAGGCCGCUGCUAAAAUCGCCGCCACUGCCGCUGCAGCUGCGGCCGCCGCCAAGCUGAAAAUUUCCCUAGACGAAACAGCAGGUCCUUCCACCUCGAAGAAGAACGACGAAAAGCUGCAGGAACUGAUCGAAAUUACCAAGCACUACGCCCAGGUGGCCGAUGGUUCGACCGACGAUGACCUGGACUCGGAUGACGAAGUGCCCGAAAAUUUGACUGUGGUGCCUGUGAAGGAGCGCCAAGGCGGGGGCAUUAGCAGCGGCAUCCAUAAGCAGUCGCGUGGCGAGAAGAAGGCCCGCCGCCUGCUCAUGAAGCUCGACCUGAAGCCCGUGGAGAACGUCAGCCGCGUGGCCAUGCGCAAGAACAAGAACAUCUUGCUCUAUAUCGAUCAGCCCGAAGUGUACAAGAUUGGCGAGACCUAUCUGUGCUUUGGCGACGUGAAGGUCGAGGACAUCGUCAACACGGCCGCCGCUCAGGCUGCCGAGCGCUAUCGCCUGAACGCCGCCGCAGAAGAGCAGAACGAGAUGGAGGCCUCUGCCAAGGCGCAAGCUGCCGAAACUGACAAGGAGGAUCCGGAGAUUGACGAGUCCCUGGCCAGCGGACUGGACGUCAAGGACAUCGAACUGGUCCAGAUGCAGUCCAACUGCUCGCGCAAGAAGGCCAUCAAGGCCCUGCUGGACAACGAGAACGAUGUGGUGAAUGCCAUCAUGGCCCUGACCGUCGCCAGCAGCUAAACGCAAACGCUGCUCAUUUAACUUAAACAAUGCACAACUGAAUGUAUCAACAAAUACAAAUGAUUUGAUCAUCUUUAUAUUAUAA